AUGUUCUCCCUUCGCACUGCUGUGCGGAGAGCUUCCACCAGCAAGCCCCUCCGAGCGCUCUCCGCACCGCACGUCAUUUCUCCUGCGAGACUCGCUUCUGCCCGUCACUCCAUCAAGGCUUCUGCGGUGCCAUUGUUGCAGGGACGCCACUACUCCCGUGCUACGGACACCCAGUUGUCUUCGACCCGGUCUACCGUCGUCCAGUUGCUGAGUAACAUCGGUUCGAAGCGUGAGGUCCAGCAGUACCUCUCACACUUCACCUCUGUUUCCUCCCAGCAGUUCGCCGUCAUCAAGGUCGGCGGUGCCAUCAUCACCGAACAUCUUCACACCCUUUCUUCGGCUCUCGCAUUCCUCAAUCAUGUCGGACUCUACCCCAUUGUUGUCCACGGCGCGGGGCCGCAGCUUAAUCGCCUAUUGGAGGAGGCUGGCGUGGAACCACACUUUGAGGAUGGCAUCAGGGUGACCGAUGGAAGAACCUUGGCUCUUGCUAGGAAGCUGUUUUUGGAAGAGAACCUGAAGCUGAUCGAGGAGUUGGAGCGCAUGGGUGUACGGGCCCGUCCCCUUACCGCUGGCGUGUUUACUGCCGACUAUCUCGACAAGGAAAGAUAUAACCUUGUUGGCAAGAUCAAUGGGGUGAACAAGAAACCAAUUGAGUCUGCGAUUGAAGCUGGCUGUCUCCCAAUCCUGACCUCCAUGGCGGAAACUCCGGAUGGCCAGAUCCUCAACGUCAAUGCUGAUGUCGCUGCUGGUGAGCUGGCUCGUUCUCUUCAGCCUCUCAAGAUCGUAUACCUUGCGGAAAAGGGUGGACUUUUCAAUGGCGAUACCGGAGAGAAGAUCUCUGCGAUCAACUUGGAUGAGGAGUAUGAGCAUCUGAUGAGUCAAUGGUGGGUGCGCCACGGCACUCGGCUGAAAAUCAAGGAGAUGAAGGAUCUCUUGAGUGAUCUCCCUCGUACCUCGAGUGUGGCUAUUAUUCAUCCUGCCGAUCUGCAGAAAGAGCUUUUUACCGAUUCUGGUGCUGGUACAUUGAUCCGCAGAGGCAACAAGGUGCACACCAAGACUUCUCUCUCCGAGUUUGAGGACUUAGAGAAGCUGAAGGAUGUUCUGGUACGUGACCGAGAGGGUCUUGAUGCCCGCGCCACCGUCGACCGUUACGUCGAAGGCUUGAAGGAGCGCAACUUCAAGGUUUAUUACGAUGAGCCCAUGGAGGCUCUGGCCGUGGUUUUGCCCCCUCAGAAGGAUGCUGGUACCUCUUUGGCCCACCUUGCCACGUUCACUAUUACCAAGUCGGGAUGGUUGACCAAUGUGGCCGACAACGUCUUUUCGUCCAUCAAGAAGGAAUUCCCCAAGCUCGUGUGGACUGUUAAGGAGGAUGAUGAGAACCUGACUUGGUUCUUUGACAAGGCAGAUGGCAGCCUGAGCCGCGAAGGCGAGGUUCUAUUCUGGUACGGCAUUGAGAGCGGUGACGAGGUCAAGCAGCUGGUGCAGGAAUUCAACCGGCACGGCCGCCAGAUGUUUGGUGAUAUUAACCUCGAAUCGCGAUUGCACCGAGCUGCUCAGGCCGCCACCAAUAUCGGCAAGGGAUUCGGUGCCAGUGGCGCUUCUGUUGAACAGAAACGUGCCUUUUCCUCGACCGGUAACGCCUUGCGUACUGCUCGGUCAGGACGCCCUGCAGUUUCCGUGACCGCUGUUCGGACUUAUGCCACAACGAACCCCAACCCCCCCCUGGGAGAGAAGAAUAUGUCUAAUAGCCAGCCUGCCAAGGUUGCUCUCAUUGGAGCCCGUGGAUACACCGGUCAAGCUCUGAUCAACUUGCUCAAUGCCCAUCCUCACAUGGAUCUGCGUCAUGUCUCUUCUCGUGAGCUUGUUGGUAAGAAGCUGCAGGGAUAUGACAAGCGCGAGAUCAUCUACGAGAAUCUCAGCCCAGAAGAUGUUAAGCGCAUGUCGGCCAAUGGUGAUGUUGACUGCUGGGUCAUGGCCUUGCCAAAUGGAGUCUGCAAGCCAUUUGUCGAUGCAGUUGACCAGGGUUCGGAGAAAGGCAAUGUCAUUGUUGAUUUGAGUGCUGACUAUCGUUUCGAUCCCAAAUGGACCUACGGUCUUCCCGAGUUGAUCAGUCGCUCCACCAUCGCUCAGGCCACGCGCAUUUCCAACCCUGGUUGUUAUGCAACUGCAGCCCAGAUUGGAAUUGCCCCCCUUAUCCCCUAUCUCGGAGGACAGCCCACUACUUUCGGUGUUUCUGGUUACUCGGGAGCUGGUACCAAGCCAAGUCCCAAGAAUGAUGUUCAGAAUCUUACCAACAACAUCAUUCCGUACAGUUUGACUGAUCAUAUCCAUGAAAGGGAGAUCAGCUUCCAGCUUGGAACCAGUGUUGCAUUCAUACCUCACGUUGCAGUCUGGUUCCAAGGAAUCCACCACACUAUCAGCAUUCCACUGAAGAAGGAAAUGAGCUCUCGUGACAUUCGGAAUCUCUUCCAGGAACGUUAUGCGGGUGAGAAGCUUGUGAAGAUUGUUGGCGAGCCCCCUCUGGUUAAGAACAUUGCUGGUCGUCACGGUGUCGAGGUUGGCGGCUUUGCUGUUCACUCCAGCGGCAAGCGGGUAGUGGUUUGUGCUACCAUUGACAACUUGCUGAAGGGCGCAGCCACCCAAUGCCUCCAAAACAUGAAUUUGGCCCUCGGAUAUGGCGAGUACGAGGGCAUCCCGUCGGAAUAG